AUGGCUGGAUCCAGGCGAGAAAAUAUGUCUGAGAUCGUUGUCAAGGAUGAACUGGAGAGAGGAACAAACACUGCUCCUCCUGGCCGAAUAGAUCUUAGGCUGGAUAGCAUGGUCUCCUCCGUUUGUGAGGCUGCAAGAGAACAUCAAGCCGGCCAUGAUAUCCCCGCUCAAUCAUGGAGUACGUUACUACUUUUCAACGGUCUGGUGUCUGGUAUCUGGCACCUGGUAUCCCCACUGGAUCCAUCAGAAAGUUGGAGAAUCGAAUCCAACGUUCAUUUCAUUCAAUGCAUUCCUCAGGCAUGCGUUGUCUGCGGGUCUGUAAUUUUAAUUUAG